ACUUCAUAUACGACAAGAUCUCGGAUUUACUCUUGACGUUUCACUGCGGAUUCCAUUUGGUGACACGAUACAUGAGGUAUGCACGGAGGGGUAAUACUUUCGGCCUGUAAUACUUUCGGCCUGUAAUACUUUCGGCCUGUAAUACUUUCGGCCUGUAAUACUUUCGGGUGCAAACUUCGUUCCUCAGGGGAAUAAUCUAUCCAAUCGGAUAUGAGGAAAGGACAAAGGAAAGAGGUCGUAGCAAACUACCGAUUUCCGGGAAGACUCGGAACCAAUCAAAUCUGAGAAAAGGACAACGUCAAAUCCGUCAAACCAUGUGCUUUCGAAAAACGUUUGGGUUGCGUCGUAUCGUCCUGAUUUCGUUCGUCAAGCCAGGGUGUAUUAUUGCUUGCAAGGCAAUGGAAGAACAAAAAGAAGAGAUUGUUGGUUUCUUACACAAUGUGUCUCCAACUAAAAAAAGUAGCAAGACAUCUUACUUUGACAUGUCCAUACAAACCACCGAUGGCUUAGUAAGAGGAGUCUGCUUCUCCGGAAGUAAACAGGAACACUUUGAUCAAAUGAGCAAAAAGAAAUCUCCAAUAAAACUUCGAUAUCUUAGAAUUGAAAGAGCAGGAGAUGCAACCACAGUACUGAUGAAUAACAAUGUACUGUUAGAGCCUACAAAAGAAAUACCUUUUUCAAGAAUUGAGUUGCCAAGUGCCAACAAUAUCCAAUCAAUUUCAGCUGCAAACACAAAUCAAAGUAUCACCAUCAAAGCCAAACUUACUCAGAUGUCAUCAACAAAAAAAAACUUUACCAAUACAACAGCAGCAGCAGAAAUACUUGGAGUGCGAAGUGUCACUGCAUAUCAAGCCUGCUGCAACUGUAACAAAAAGCUGGUAAUAGAGACAUCUCCCAUACUAACCUGUUCAACUUGUGGGCUCAAGCAGAAUAUGAAGUCCACCAUUCAACAAUGUUAUGUACAACUACUGGUACAAAUUAAAGAAUCGAAGAUCACAGUCACCCUGUUCAACGACAUCCUGCAUGAUAUGCUAGCGUCACAAGGAAAGAGCACUCUUCCGAUCACUGAAGAAACCAUAACUGCCUUUCUUCUAGAGUUACCAACUAUAACCAGCAUAACAUUCAACAACAAAACAAAAAUAGUGGAGUCAGUGCAAAUCUGA